ACCGUGGUUCAAAAUAAAAUUCUCCAAAGCUGCCCGGUUGAGUCAAAUAAUGUCAAAAAUAUUGAGUCAUGUAAGGCUUGCCAUCUCGGCAAGUCAUCACGUUUUAAACUCGAAAAUAUUCAAAGUUCAAGCCAAAAUGUACUAGACUUGCUUUAUACAGAUAUAUGGGGUCCUGCACCUGUAGUGUCGUUUAGUGGUUUUAGAUACUUUGUAUUAUUUGUUGACGAUUUCACUCGUUUCUGCUGGUUUUAUCCAUUACGGGUAAAAUCAGACAUUUAUAAAGUUUUUGACAUUUUUCGUGUGUUAGUAGAGCGGCAAUUUUCGCGCUCUAUCAAGUCUAUUCAAUCCGACCUAGGGGGUGAAUACCGCAAAUUAAGUGUCACGUUCCAAUCUCUAGGUAUUAAUCACAGGCAGUCGUGUGCGUACACGCACGAACAGAAAGGGAGAGUUGAACGCCGUAACCGCCAUAUUGUGGAAACCGGGUUGGCUCUCCUUGCCCAAGGCAACGUCCCGCAACAAUAUUGGGACUUUGCUUUUGAAACUGCCACUUGCCUAAUCAAUUAUCUUCCAACCAAAGUUCUAAAUUUUGAUAGCCUGUACUCACGUCUCUACAAAAAGCCACCUCCAUAUCAGUUCCUUCGUGUCUUCGGGUGUCAGUGUUAUCCCUAUCUUCGGCCUUACAAUCGGCACAAGAUAGAAUACCGCUCCACCCCUUGUAUCUUCCUAGGUUACCCACCGUCCUAUAGGGGGUACAGAUGUAUGGAUCUAUCUAGUGGGAAAACCUAUAUCUGCCGCCAUGUGCGGUUUGACGAAUGUGUGUUCCCUUUUAAUACAGGUACAAUGCAGCAGGUCCCGUCGCCCACUCCUUUGCCAUGGGCUUCUGGUCCUAUUGUUCCGCUGCUACAAGCUCCUGUUUGUGAACCCGGGCCUUCUCCUGUGACUGAGGCGGUCCCGAUUGCUCAGGAACCUCCUUGCUUGGCCAUCACUCACACCGCACCACCUCGGGCUCGGAAACGCACUCGGGUACAUCCACCAGACCAAGGGCAUGUCAUGCGUCUCCGGCACAUGACUAGAGUCGCUCCCGAGGUUUUUCAGGCUCUUACCGCGUCGGUAGAUCCGACGUGCUAUUCUCAAGCGGUUGGGCAUCCGCAAUGGCGGGAUGCUAUGGACCAGGAAUUCAAUGCCCUGCUCCACAAUAAUACUUGGAAACUUGUUCCACCGGAGCCUAAUAUGAAUAUCAUUGGAUGCAAAUGGGUGUUCCGCACCAAACGCACCGCUGACGGCUCGAUUGAACGCUACAAAGCCCGUCUUGUGGCCAAAGGCUUUAACCAAGUGGCCGGGGAGGAUUUUUUCGACACUUUUAGCCCAGUGGUGAAACCCACAACGCCUUUCUAAAUGGCCACUUGGCUGAGAUUGUAUACAUGAAGCAGCCACCAGGGUAUGAAGACCCGACUCACCCUGGC